AUGCUUGGAAGACUCCGCAUGAGCAUCAAAGAUUGCAUCAAAGUUUACAAGAGGUUUGGCAGCGAGAUAUUUGCGAAGAAGAGACCGUUCUACUUCGCAGGUCGAAACAAGUAUGACUGUCUGGAGCUAGAACGAAUCAUCACGGAGGUUGCUUUGAGGUAUGGUAAUGAGGAUCCGGACAAGGUAGGACCUCAAGGUCCAAAGCUGUGGGACCCUCUCCUCGACAACGAGCAAAAGAACCCCGAAAACCACGAGUACGAAAAACUUCACUUGUUCCGGUCAUACUACAACUAUACAGGCUACAGAGAUUCGAAUGUCCUCAAGCAGCUGCACCUCAACCUUGAUGAACANAAAGGAGCUAGCAUCUGCAAGAUAGCUCGUGCGACAUCGGCGGCGCCAACAUAUUUUCGCCCAGUCACGAUCAACAACUUAGGUUACAUCGAUGGUGGCCUGGAUGCUAACAAUCCAGCCGAAUGUGCCUGGGCUGAAGUCGGUUCAAUGCAUCAAAAUCACCACUUACGAGCUUGCCCAAAUGGAGCAUCGACGAGCGGCAUCCGCUUUCUAGUAUCCAUCGGCACUGGGCUCCAGGCUCCUCAACGGAUUACGAGCGGAGGACCCUUCAUCCUGACGAUACGGAGCAUCCUCAAGAGAGCUCUUAAAGCAAUGACUGACCCCGAACCUAUUCACAAAUAUCUGUUGAAGGCGGCAGGUGGGGAAGAAAGUCAUGUCUACUAUCGCUUCAAUGUAGACGAAGGACUGGAGAAGAUGAAGUUGGACGAAUGCCAGAUCGUGCGUGGUGGCGACAACCACACGUUUGACAAGAUCGGUAAGCCCUCGAAGUCCUCAGAAUCCUCAAACACCACGCAAUACAACAGAUUCCAGGCGCAACACGGCAUCUCACGGAAGCUCACCGAGUGGAGGAAGACGUUCCGCGCCAUUGCCUAG